AUGCUGUUCUAUUCCUUCUUCAAAUCGCUGGUGGGGAAAGAUGUAGUAGUGGAGCUGAAGAACGACCUCAGUAUAUGCGGUACAUUGCAUUCUGUUGACCAGUAUUUGAACAUAAAACUGUCGGAUAUCAGCGUGAUUGAUCCUGAGAAAUAUCCUCACAUGUUAUCAGUGAAGAACUGCUUUAUCCGUGGUUCUGUGGUACGUUACGUGCAGCUUCCAGCAGAUGAAGUCGACACCCAGUUACUACAAGACGCAGCGCGUAAAGAGGCCACAGUUUCUACAAGAUAA